CACUCCCACGAGAUACGUCGAGAAGGAAGGUAUGGCCUCCGGGCUUCCGACGGCCUGGCUCCGUGUGAGUAGAGUUUCUCAGUCUACCCCUGGAUCUGGGUGUGGGGGCGGUCGGAUGGUAGUGGGAUGCCACCUUCCUGAGGUAACGUCAGGCCCCAGAGCAUCUUGGGGAGGGUUGAGAGACUGGCCGGGAAUGAGACGCAGCUGAACGGAUGAACCAAAGGUUUCUUAACUUACCCAGAAAAUGGUUAGAGUACGGGUUAGGGUCUGGGGGAUUCUGAUUUAUCCUUUCUAUUGUGGGUAGGCAUGAGUAGGUUUAAACAUGGAUUAAACUCACAUUUUUAUUUCAGUAGUACUUUGGCGUCUAAGCUAGAGGGGAUUAAGGGAAAACAGGAGGAUGGAUCCUUGACUGUGAAGGAAGUAGAGAGGCAGCACAGGCAGUGGGUGGGGGCUGAAGGCUUGGGUGUGAUGAUUCCGCUCUCAGAAUUCCCUGCUAGGGGGUAUAGACGCUAAUGCCAGUAUCGGAAUCCCCGAGUUAAUGAAAAAUGGAGAGGUCCAGAGAAAGAAGAGCCCUCUCUGAACUCACAUGCUGUCCUCCUUGCCGUGACCUGAACAGGGUCAAGCUUGCGUUUGCUCAGUUUCAGACAAUUGCAGGAACACUUGAGCCACCUGGAAUGCGUGCAGGUCACCUUGUAGACUGUGCCCUCACGUGCUGGGUCAGCCUUCCCCCUCAUGUCAGUGUAGGUGACGACACACCGUGGCUGAACAGAAACCUGUGGGUUUUAGGAACCAGUGGCCUUUGAAGAUGUGACCCUCGGUUUUACUUCAGAGGAAUGGGGACUGCUGGACCUCGAACAGAAGUCCCUGUACAGGGAGGUGAUGCUGGAGAACUACAGGAACCUGGUCUCAGUGGGAAUUCCAUAGGAUGUGGGGUCAAGUGUUCCAGCAGUUCAGGAGUAUCACUGGAGACUGAUUGCUUCCAUUUCUUUGUGGUGUGUACUUUUCCACUCUUAGAACAUCAGCUUUCCAAGCCAGAUGUGGUAUCUCAGUUAGAGGAGGAGGAAGCGCUCUGGUCGGUGGAGAGAGGAAUUCCUCAAGACACCUUUUCAGAGUAUCCUACAGCUCCACUGGACCCUCAGUUCGAUCCUCUUCCUGCUGGGAAUCCCCUGAUGAAGAUUGAAGUCGUUGAAGUCCUCACACUGAACCAAGAGGUAGCUCGUCCCCGAAACGCCCAGAUCCGGGCCCUCUAUGCCGAAGAUGAGGGCCUGAGCCCAGAUGUGCUUGGGGAGCCCACUCAACAGCUAGGCAAGCAGCUAGCUGACCCUGAGGCCGCGCGCCAGAGGUUCCGGGGCUUUUGCUUUGAGGAGGUGGCGGGGCCCCGAGAGGCCCUGGCCCGGCUGCGUGAGCUGUGCCGCCAGUGGCUGCAGCCCGAGGCGCACUCCAAGGAGCAGAUGCUGGAGCGGCUGGUGCUGGAGCAGUUCCUGGGCGCACUGCCCAGGAAGCUCCGGAUGUGGGUGGAGUCGCAGCACCCAGAGGACUGCCAGGAUGCAGUGUCCCUGGUGGAGGAUGUAACCUGGAUGUCUGAGGAGGAAACAUUACCCGGCCAGGACUCCACCUUCUCUCUUCAGACCACAGCUCCUGAGGAAGAGGAGGAGGAGCAAGUGACUACGUGGCCAGCGAAGGAACCAUCUGAGGAACCAGUGACCUUCCUGGAUGUGGCCGUGGACUUCAGCAAGGAAGAGUGGGGGCUGCUGGACCCGACGCAGAGGACUGAGUACCAUGACGUGAUGUUGGAAACCUUUGGACACCUGGUCUCUUUGGGGUGGGAGACUACACUGGAAAGUAAAGAGUUAACUCCGAAGUCUGACACUCCUGAGAAAGAACCAGCCCAUGACCUGAAACUGGAAGAAUUCUCAAGGGAUGACACCUGGUCCCCUAUGUCAAGAGAUCUCUCACAGGGUGAGGCCCAGGAAGUCUCAGACGCAGCACUGAAGGGGGUGGGGCCGACUGGGGAAGAAACCCUCCCUCAGAAAAGCUCCUCGUUGCGGGCGAACACUGGCCUUGGCACAAGCCAUAUUUCACUCCAGAAAACUCUCCCUAGAAAACGCUUGCGUAAGCGUGGCUCACGGGUUAAGAAGGUGACACGUAGUCCAGGUGUAAAAAUUCAUCAGAAGGACCGCAAAGGGGAAAAAGCCAGAGAAAACAGUGGUUGUGGGAGAGCCUUCAGCCGGAGCGCUCAGCAGAUCACAUUCACAAGAAUCCACAAAGGAAGCCAAGUCUGCCGAUGCAGCGAAUGUGGCAAAACGUUCCGGAACCCAAGAUAUUUCUCUGUACAUAAAAAAAUCCACACAGGAGAGAAGCCGUACGUGUGUCAGGACUGCGGGAAGGCAUUUGUCCAGAGCUCCUCCCUCACACAGCAUCAGAGAAUCCACACUGGAGAGAGGCCGUUUGAGUGUCCAGAGUGCGGGCGGACCUUCAAUGACCGCUCGGCCAUCUCCCAGCACCUGCGGACUCACACCGGAGCCAAGCCCUACCAGUGUCAGGACUGCGGCAAAGCCUUCCGCCAGAGCUCCCAUCUCAUCAGGCACCAGAGGACGCACACUGGGGAGCGCCCCUACACAUGCAACAAAUGCGGAAAGGCCUUCACCCAGAGCUCGCACCUCAUCGGGCAUCAGAAGACACACAGUAGGGUGAGAUGCAAGAAGAAACAGCCUGCCUCGCAGCCGUCCAUCUGAGCCGGGCGAAGACGUCGCCUCUUCAGCCUGACCCUGCCGAGUUACACAAACUGGCCUGAACCGAACGUGAAAGCAGCACUGAGUGAUGAUCUUAAAAGCAAAGGACAACCAAGGAAACUGCCCUGCACAGGAGUAAAUAAGAAAACUGGUGGGGUGUUGUUGCUAAUGAAUAUAGGUUAGGAAAACAUUCAAUUUUUCACUCACUUGAUUUGCUGGUACAAUUUGGUCAUUAAAAAUGGUAACAGUAGGGGCGCCUGGGUGGCUCAGUGGGUUA